AUGGCAUUCAAAUUUGCUUUGGUCGGAUCAACUAUGGCUCUUGUUGGUUAUACAACAUAUAAAUAUAUGGCAAAACCAAAUUCAACGAUUUAUACUGAAAAACCUUUCUAUGAAGAAGCUCUCGUAUUAACUCGUGGUUAUAAACCAAUAACUGAAAAAUUAGUUGAACCAAUUCAACCACUUAAAAUUGAUACAUCAAAUGAAUUCAAUAGUCUUUCACUUCUUGGAGCACAAGUUCAAAUUCCAAUUCGAGGUAAUAAAAGAUCGGGAGCUGUUUAUUGUUAUGCAACACGAGAUUCAUUGGAUGAUGAUUGGCAUGUAGAUAAAUUAGAAUUCAAAGCUAAUAAUCAACCUAAUCGUUAUCAAUUCUAUGAUCGAUCAUUACGACGUGUACCAACACCAUCUGAACAAGCAUUACUUGACUAUAAAAAAGAACUUGAAGAGAAACGAGCAAGAGAUUCAAUGGUUUUAUCUUCUACACCGGCUCCUGUGUAG